CUUAAAUAUCCUCACUUGAGUGUUUUCAAUAUUAAUUGCGUAGGCAACUCAGAAUGGACUGCAAAGCUUGUUCACUGUGUCGAUAGGUGUGACAAGGGUUUUAAGGUUAAGAGUGCAAAGAUAUGUGCUGUGCACUUCAAAGAGGAAUGUAUCUUUAUAGAUAAGAAUGGGAUCCCAGAGUUGAAGGAGAACAGUUUGCCAACUGAACUUCUUCCUCAAAAAAGCAUUGUAACACCUAAACCAGCACCCAGAAGCGAGUUACAGUAUUUAAAGCCACAAGAGCCAGUAAAAGCGAUCAAGUACGCUUGUUUAGACGAUAUUAAAAAGGAUAUUCGCUUUAUCAAAGACCCAUGGCAAAUUAUUAGGAAAUGUGAUGAAUACUUGUAUGUUGUAAAAUUAUCAGAAAAUGCUGACAUUGAAAUAAAAGUAAAAAUUGACAGUUCCAUUGGUUAUGAAAUUGAGUGUCAAGGGGUUAAGCUUCCAGUGGAUCAUUCUAUGUACAAAAAGAAUUUAAGAAAUUUGCAAAGGUGCAGACUACAAUGGCUUUUGAAUGACAUAGAUAGUUUUCAAGGAUGUCCCGGAGUAGUGAAACCCGAGCUACAAAAGUUUGGACAACUUCCGGCUACAAGGUCUAUUGUCCCUUUCUAUUUACAUUCGAGAUCUAAGCCACUGUAUUCAGACAAAUGUGGUGCAGCUGAAACAGUUGAUGAACUGUCUGAUGAUGAAAGAUACCCUUGUCAUGUAGUUACAAAUGUUCGGUCUUCAGCCUGCAACUUGCUGGUGCACAAUGAAGGACCAUGUUUAAACUGUACAGGAAUUGAAAAAAGCUUUCACCAAAGAAUGAGAAAAGAACAGGAGACCAUCAAAAAGCCAAUUUCAAUGAAAGCACCUUUGCACAAAGUGGCAAAAUCAAAGCUUGUUAAGGCAAUAAAGAUUGCUAGAGAAAAAGAAAAAUCUCUUAAUCAAGAAAUUUUGUCUUUGAAAGAACAAAUUCACCAGGAUGGAGUAUUUCUAGAGAAAGAAGUGCAUGAAGAUUUUAGAGGAAUAAUUGAAGGUAAAGUAGAUGAAAUGGAGGAAGGGUCAUUUGGGAAAUUGUUUUGGAAGCAACAAGUUGAAUCUUUUAGUUGUAAUCCAAGUUCUUUCAGAUGGCACCCCAUGAUGAUUCGCUUUGCCCUUCAUUUGCACUUGAGAUCUCCAUCUGCAUACAAUGCUUUGAGGGAAAGCAAAGUUGUAAGGCUUCCUUGCGAGAGAACUCUCAGGGACUAUUCCAAUGUAAUCCAUCCUGAAGCUGGAUUUAGUAAUGAAGUCCUAGAUGACUUGAAAAAAGAUGUUGCAAAGCUACAACAUGACAUGCAGCAUUAUGUUGCUCUCCUUUUUGAUGAAGUAUCCAUCAAAGAUGACCUUGUGUAUGAUAGCACAACUGGUGAACUGAUAGGAUUCAUCAAUUUAGGUGACAACAUGGAUGAAUUCAUUGAUAGUUUUAGGAAGGGAGAGCUUUCAUCCUGUGUUGCUACACAUGCACUUGUUUUUAUGAUUGUUGGUCUUGCCUCAGAUCUGAAGCAGACAAUUGGAUAUUUUGGCACAAGGGGAGCAACAGCUGAUAUCCUUUAUCCAUUGAUUUGGAAAGCAAUAGGAUAUCUUGAAGUUUAUGUUGGUUUGAAAGUUAUUUUGAUGGUUUCAGAUAAAGCAAGUCCAAACCAAAGAUUUUACAGAAUCCACAAAAAUGACAAGGAUCGUGCUGUUUACUGAGCUAUUAAUAUUUUUGCUCCUGGGGAGCAUCGGUAUGUUUUCUUUUUUUCAGAUGCACCCCAUCUCCUGAAAACUAUCAGAAACAACCUUGCAAACUCUGGUUCAGGUUUGAAGACAAGAUACCUCUGGAACAAUGGAAAGCAUUUACUUUGGAGCCACAUUGUCAAAUGCUACUUGCAAGACAGCCAUGGGAAGCUAAGAAAAUUGCCAAAAAUAACAAGAGAUCACAUUUACUUGAACAGCUAUUCCAAAAUGAGAGUCAAUUUAGCAGCCCAAGUCCUGAGCGAAACAAUGUCAAAUGUUAUAAAAGUGUACUGUGAUGAUGAGGCCUCAGAAACAGCAAAUUUUAUAGGGCUUGUGGACAAGUUCUUUGACUGUUUCAAUACACGUUCUUUAAAAGAAGCUCAGUAUAAGAGAAAGCCAUUCUUGGCCCAAUUUACAAAUCUUAAUGAUCCAAGAUUUGAAUUUCUGCAGUCCACAUUCCUGGGCUAUCUAAAAGAUUGGAAAGAUGCAACUGAGAAGAGAAAUGGAAAUUUCUCAAAAUCAGAGAGAGCUAAGAUGUUUUUAUCACUUCAGACCUAUGAAGGUAUACAGAGUUCAGUUUAUGCAUUGAUAGAAACCACAAGAUACUUGUUAAGCUAUGGCUUUAGCUAUGUCCUGUCAAGCAAAUUCAGUCAAGACCCUUUGGAGGAGCACUUUGGUCGACAUAGGGCUCUUGCAAGACGCUCCACAAACCCAACAUUGUAUUCAUUAGGAUAUCAGGAAAACAAGCUUCGCAUGCAGAGAUCCAUUGCCAUGCUAAUCACACCAAAAGGAAAUGUUAGGACUAAGAAACGAAAACAAGGAAUUACAGUUACAAGCAGCCCUUUGAAAAAGAGAGUGAGGUACCCAAAAGCAAAGAAACUGGACAUUAAAGAAACAAGUCAAUAAUCAAAACCAAUUUGAGAAAACAACAAUUUUAAUGUGAGCAUAAUUUUUGUAUCAUAAUUUUCUAUUAGAGACCCACUAAUAUUGCUUAAAAUGUAUCUUUUUAAUAUGUUUCUUAUAGUUACCUUAAUUUGCAUUGCACCUUUUUUGCCAAAUUUCACAUUUGCAAGAUUAAAUUCUGAAACCUGACACAGGAUAUACUCAGUCAGAAGUUUUAAAUUGGUGCACCUGUUUGACCCAUGAUGCAAUGACUAUUUGAAUAGAUCACAGAGUUCAAGAAAAAAAUUAAAUUCCGUUCUUGUUCAGUUAAGAAAAUAUUUGUUUGGUAGAUUCUUACCAUAUGCUAAUUUCUUAGAAACUUUUUAAAAAACUAUGACUAACUCACUGUAAUCACAUUUUAAAAAUUUUAGUCUCUAUCAUUGUCUUUUUUAGUCUUUAGCUCUGUUCGUAUCCCCUUCUGUUUUGAAGAUUUAUCAGCCGCUCUUCUGUAUUUAUCAAUUGUGUUGUUUGCAUAGCUGUGACACCGUAUCUUUAUGUAUAAUGAAAGCACAGCUUUAUGAACAAAUAAUGCAUCUUCGAAGCUGCAUUGUUGGGAAAUCAAAUUCAAAAAUUUCCUUUCAAUUUCACUGUUUUGAAGACAGUCUUCUAAGAUGUAAGUAGCGUUUAUUGUUUUUUCAAUUUUCGACACAUAUGUUUGAAAGAUGUUCUCUGCAACAAGUAAAAUUGCACAGAAUCCACUUUUUGCUUGUGUCAAUCCACCUCUGUUCAGGGCACUGAUGAGUUUUUCAUUUGAUUUUUCCUCGCCAUCUUCUGCUUUAAAGGAAUCUAUGAUAAGUAAAUCCUUAUCAAUUGAGCUCACUUUCUCAGGGGUACUGGUUUUCAAAAGCUUAAAGAAUCUCUUUUCUAACUUGGAUAAUAUUGCUCCUCCUACAUAUGCAAUUACAUCUUUCUCGUCAUCUGAAAUCUUGAUUUGCAGCACAGAUUCUUCAUCAAGAGCAAUUCCAAGCUGUUUGUGAAGACUGGUCUGUAUGUACAAUAAAAACCAUGACUCGAAUCCAAGAGGACCUUCAAGACUUGACUGAAGGGAUUUAAUAAGUUCCUGGUCAGAGCCAAUACUAUGGAAUUCUCUCCACAUGGUUUCUCUUGCCACUGCAACACUUCCCUUGCCAAAUUUUUCAAUAGUUUUUUGCAACUUUGGAAUAAGGAAGUCAAGGUUUGGAAGAGAUUGCUGAAGGAGUUUUAUUUUUUGUUCAUAAAGGUGAUCUAGCAUAGGAUCUCUCUGCAUCAUAAUUAUUGCAUCUCUAAUAAUUGAAUUCAACAUGUUUGAGUCGAUGACCAGGUUAAUUUUCUGUGAUUUUUCUAUUUUCUUUUUUUCAUUCUCUUUUUUCCCUUUAGGCUUUUUAGUUCUUGAGCUAAUACCUGGGUUGUCACCAUCUGGUUGCUCUUGUGGCUGGAUGAAAACAAUCUCCCUCUCGUCACAGUAUUGUAAUAAUACUUCCUAAAAUUAAGAGCAACAAUCACUUGACACAAGUCUAAAGGAUAAGAAAUGUCUGAAUCCAUGGUAUAGUGGAGGGGUUAUGCAGCAUAUCUCUGGACAGCAGUGCAAUACUUACUGUUCAAAGGUAAUAGUGGGGUUAUGCUUCUUGGAUAUAAAUACUGCUCUAAAAUUUGUACAAUUAACAAAGUUAUUUUUUAUACAACAAAGCUCCUAUUAUAUAAAGAGAUGCAUGAAAAAGCAUGUACAACUGGCGAUUUCCAAGAGAAAACAAAGUAGAGUAAAUCCCAGCCUAAGGAAACUCAUAUUUUCAUAUCAGGUUGUUUAGUUUCUUUCAUGUAAGAAAAUAUUUUCAAAUGAGGCUUGUUGAAUUCUUAUAUGUUCAUUUAGAAACUCCUUUUUACAUAAAGCUUUCUUGUCAAAAAUCAUCUUCAAGGAUAGCGCUCCACAGUAAACAAGGACACCAGAAAAAUGAAGAUGCAUUGUUUAAGUAUAAAAUACUGUAUAUAGUUGAACUUAGAUUUCGUCCCAUUUUCCAGAAAUUGGAAAAAAAUCAGGCUGCCUAAUUUCUUAAAAAGGAGCAGGCUGCAGUAUAUGUCAUUUUUUUCUAAGUGGGGACUUACUUACUUAUAAACAGUGUAUUUGCUUUAACUUUCGCUGUAUGCUUCCUAAAACUUUCAUCACUGACCACAGGCGAUAACAUGAAA